CGCUACAAGGCAGUUUCUUCUUUAUUCACUAAAGUGAUUCAAUAAAAUGCUCAGAUUAGUCAUGCACAGGUGACUUAUCGUCUUUCAGGGUUUGAUAUUCGCAGUAUUUCGGGUGUGUGUGGGACUUAUCAUGGGAGUGCACGGACUCUGGAGGCUGCUGGAGAGCACAGGGAAACCCAUCAACCCUGAGACUCUGGAGGGAAAGAUCCUGGCCAUUGACAUCAGCAUCUGGCUGAACCAGGCAGUGAAGGGGGUGAGGGACCGCGAGGGGAACAGCGUCCAGAACGCCCACCUGCUCACUCUGUUCCACCGCGUCUGUAAGCUGCUCUACUUCCGCAUCAGGCCAAUCUUUGUGUUUGAUGGGGACGCACCGCUGCUGAAGAAACAGACUCUGGCUGUGAGGAGACAGAGGAAAGAAGAGUUGACUCGGGAGUCCAAACAGACCAAUGAGAAACUCCUCAAGACAUUCCUGAAGAGACAGGCUAUCAAAGCUGCACUCGGUGACCGCAGUAAGGAUCCUCUACCCAGCCUCUCCACUGUGAGGAGAGAUGAGGUUGACGACAUCUAUGUUCUUCCGGCCCUGCCUGCUGCAGAGGAGAAGAACAAAAGCAGUUCAGAGGAAGAGGAAGAGAAAGAGUUGGAGGAGACGGAUGAUGGUUAUCACAUGUAUCAGGGAGAAUUGUAUGAAGACCCCAACUCAGUGGAUAUCAACUCAGAGGAGUUUGCCAGCCUUCCUCCUGAAAUGAAACAUGAGAUACUGAAAGACAUGAAAGAGUUUUCCAAAAGACGCCGGACCAUGUACCACAAACCCCCAGAGCGUUCAGGAGACUUUUCACAGUACCAGUUGGCAGGUCUGCUGCAGAGGAACCAUCUGAAUCAGCGUCUGCAUGGCGUGGAGAAAGAGAUGAGUCAGCGGAGCGCCGGCAGCGCUCCACAGCUCAGCCAACAGGACGGGGACGAGCAGAGUCACAGCGUAGAGUCCCACCGGCUGGUUUCAGAGGACUAUUCCCACUAUAUCCUUAUUAAAGGCUCCAAAAAGAGUGAGGCUGCCCCCGAGAGCCGACCAGCAACUGCAGCCUGGUCCGGGAGCUCCCUGGUAGACGGCCUCAGACGAGCAGCAGACAGACCUGAGCCCCUGUGGCGUCCUGCUUGUGAGGACAAGACAGAAUUGCCGGGUCCUUCCUCACAAGACUCCAAACCGUCUGUGUCAAAACCGACUCAGGUAGACACAUCACCACCCUCGCCGCGUACACUCAAGGCGAUCAGGGCUGCAAUGAACGACAGCUCGGAGGAGGAGGCCAUGGACCAGGAGAAGAAAGACGGUAGCGUGUCCCCACGCACCCUGCUGGCCAUCCAGCAAGCUCUAGCUGAGGAGGAAGACGGCGCUGCUGAACACAGGACUCUGAUCACCAGCAAACCCAUCAAAAUGCAGGCCAAUAUCCACCAUCCUGUGCCCCAGGUGGUGAUCAGCAGCUCAGAGGAGGAGACAGAACCUGAUAGUGUGAACACUCUGCCUAGAGAAAAAUCUGAUUUUAAGGAGAACCCGACAGGCCAAAGUUUACACGUGAAAGAUGAUUUGUUAGCUGGUAGUUCUGAAGAUGAGACGGAGGACAUGAUUGGUCAGAGAAAUAAAGGACUUCGCUUUGCGAUACCGCAAAAACCUCAGUUGACAGAGGAUUUAAGGACGGGAAGUAGAGUGCAGAUAGAGACACAAGAAGAGCUGAUCACAAAGACAAACAGGGCCGCUGCUUUCAAUCCAAACACAUUAUCGACCAAUCUCUCUGCUCAGGUAUGUGGGAAACCUCUCAGUGCACAGACUGAAAUGCAUCCUGUGCUGUUAAAGCAGAGGAGUAAUGAGGUGAUUGAAGCUCUGGAGGAGAGGAAUGGAGAGGAUAUGAAGUCAGAGGGCAGUGAUGAGAGCAGGUCAGAAGAGAGCUUCAUCGAGGUGUCGGACGAAGAAUUUAAAGAGGAGAGUGCAGAUGAUUCACUUGUAAUGGUUGAAAAGAAAGCAUCUCCAGGUGAGGUCUGUAAAGAUGAGACCAAGCGGGAAGAAAAAGGUUUAAAACACGCUCCCGGCAGUCCAGCUGCUGUUUCUUUAGAGGAAGAAGAAGAAGAAGAAGAAGAAGAAGAAGAAGAAAAAAAUAAACAAACUGAGGAGAAAGAGUUAAAGGAGGGAACAGAGACAGAGUCCAGCUCAACUCCAGCAAUAAAUGAAUGGGAACACUUUGACGUGGAAGAGCUGGAGGCUCUGGAGAGCUCUCUGCAGGCGGAGCAGAGCAGCCUGAGGGAGCUGAAACAGCAGCAGGAGAGGAUGGCCAACACUGUCACCGGACAGAUGCACCUGGAGAGCCAGGAGCUGCUGCGGCUGUUUGGUGUGCCGUUCCUGGUGGCGCCGAUGGAGGCCGAGGCUCAGUGUGCAGCACUCGACCGAGCCGAACACACACACGGGACCAUCACGGACGACUCGGACGUGUGGCUGUUUGGAGGGAGACACGUCUACAGGAACUUCUUCAGCCAGAACAAAUAUGUUGAGCAUUACCAGUACAGUGACCUGCAGAACCAUCUGGGUCUGGACCGGACUAAACUGAUAAACCUGGCUUACCUGCUGGGCAGUGACUACACAGAGGGUGUGCCGGGGGUGGGAUACGUGACUGGCAUGGAGAUACUGAACGAGUUCCCGGGGCCAGGCCUGGAGCCACUCACACAGUUCAGUCAAUGGUGGUCAGAGGUUCAGGAGAAAAAGCGCCUUAUGGCUGAUCCUCGGGAUACAAAGGUUAAGAAGAAACUGAGAGACCUAAAGCUGUACCCUGGGUUCCCUAACCCUGCAGUGGCUCAGGCUUACCUGCAACCUGCCGUGGACCAGUCAGACAACUUCUUCAGCUGGGGACGCCCACAGCUCGACAUGAUCAAAGAAUUCUGUCUGAGUCGUUUUGGCUGGAGCAGUCGGAAGACAGAGGAGACUCUUCAGCCUGUGAUCAAGCAGCUCAACACCCAACAGACUCAGCUGCGGAUCGACUCAUUCUUCCGCAUGGAGCAACAGGAGAAGCAGGUGAUUCACAGCCAGCGACUGCGCAGAGCCGUCACCUGCUUGAAGAGAAAGGAGAGAGGAGGAGGAGGAGAGGAGGAGGAGGAAGAGGAGGAGGACAGUAUCGAGGAUAGGCCAUCCCCAUCCAAAACUAAGAAAGGAAAGGCAGCGAGCAAGAGUCUGAGGAAAGGAGGAAGAGAGGGAAAAGAGGAGAGGUCUGUGGGAGGAGGAGGGUUUCUGGGGUCAGAGGUGGUUGUUGAAUCUCCUCCUCCAUCUCUGAAGGAUGUGAGCAGCACCAACCAGGAGUCUGUCUCGGUGAAGGACGUCCCCCAGUCUACUAAGACUGUUCCUCAGAGGGCCAGGAAGAGCAGCAGCUCUAGUGAAGACAGCGACGGUGGCGGUGAAAUUGCUAUGGUUACAGCCAGAUCUGUCUUCGAAGGCAGCCGACGAGGACGUGGAGCGAAAAUCCCAAGAGGAGGAGGAAGCAAGAGAGGAAAGGGACGGGGGAAGAAGUAGUGACUGAACUACAAAUAUAGAUUGUCAAAUUUCCCAAAUAAUGUCUUUGAUAUUAUAUUUGAUAUUUAUAAAGAAAAUGGGUGAAUUAAUCAUGUAAUGAAUUUUAGAUUUUUCUCUAUUAUAGAAUAUGUAUUUUUUGUACUAUUGACAUGACUGAAAAUAUUUUUUAUAUGU